UUCCUCGUUUCGUUACGCCACCUCAUCUUGGCCUCACCUGUGUUCAAGGCAAUGCUGACCGGAGGGUGGAAAGAGGGAGACAAAAAUAAUAGCCCGGUUCGAGGAGGUGCCGAGGACUGGGAUACCAAGGCUUUGGUGAUCGUUAUGAACGUCCUCCACAGUCAUUACCGUCAGGUGCUAAAGAAGGUCUCGCUGGAGAUGCUCGCCAAGAUAGCUGUCAUUAUUGACUAUUACAAGAUCCACGAGGCGCUCCAAAUCAUCGCGUCACUGUGGAUCAACGCCCUCAAAAAGUCCUUGCCCGAUUCUCCCGGGAGGGACAUUAUUCUGUGGAUCUUAGUCUCCUGGGUUUUUGGGCAUACGGCCAUAUUCAGACAAGUCACCAAGGUUGCUAUACUACGGAGCAAGAAGGACAUAGUAAUCCCGGAGCUCCCAAUCUCGGCUGUAAUUGACCGAAUCAAUCAACAUCGAAAAGACUCUAUAGACGUGAUCGCUGCCGCGUUCCGCGGACUCCGAGAUGACUACAUCCAUGGCCGCCAGGGCUGCAACUUCGAGUGCAGCGCCAUGCACCUCGGCACCUUGAUGAAGAACUUAUCUGGUCAUAAAUUUCUAUACUAUCCGCCAGAAACUCCGAAUGGGGACUUGAGUCUCGCGGAGGUGGUGGAGUGCGUAACCACGAUGAGAUCUCCAAAAUGGUACACCAACGGUAUUUAUUCUUCCAAGCGCUGCUCUCAUACAGCUCAUCAGUGUCCCCAAAGACCACAACAGGUUGGAGCUGAGGCCUUUGAGCUCGGCAUCGGCAGGAAACAACUUGGGGAUGUUCAUAUUGGUACUGUGAACGAAUUUGCUUCGCUUCUCGUACAUGGGAUCCAGGAGAAGAUGGAAGGGUCAAGGUUAGAUGAUUUUAUCUGA